AUGUCAUUCCAUUUUUGGACAGUCGUUUUCAUGUUCAUGGUUUUUGUGUUUUCGUCUUUAAAAUCAACACAAAAUCAAAAUACUGAUAUUUUUUAAAGUGUGUUGUCUUAUUUAUUGUUCAAAAAAUCAAAGACAUGUCAGAUCCCAGUGAACCUGUUCCCGGUUUAAAACAGAGAAAAGUGUUUAAAAUUAUCGUUUUGGGUGAUUCUGGAGUUGGCAAAACAUGCCUCACUUUUCGGUUCUGCGAGGGACAGUUCCUUGAUAAAUCCGAAGCAACUAUCGGCGUGGACUUCAGAGAACGGACCAUAAGGAUAAGCAAUGAAGAUAUCAAGUUACAACUAUGGGACACUGCGGGACAGGAGAGGUUCCGCAAGUCCAUGGUGCAGCACUACUACAGAAACGUGCAUGCUGUUGUCAUUGUGUAUGACGUCACCAAACCUGAGACAUUCCAUUCCAUAGCGAGCUGGAUGCAGGAGGUGGAGUCGCACGGGCUGCUGGGCUCACCACGCGUGCUGGUCGGCAACAAGUGCGACUGCGGCACGCCCGAGUCGCGCCUCGCCACCUCCUACGCGCAGCGCCUCGCUGACAAAUACGGCAUGCCGUUGUUCGAGACAUCAGCUCUGCUGGACUCGGAGUGCGAUAACGUGGAGUCUAUCUUCAUGACGCUGGCGCACAAGCUGUACUCCAAGCAGCCGCUGCGGGUUGUUAGCGUUGAGGGUGAACGCGGUCCCAGGCUGGUGACCCUACCACGACAGAAGAGAAGCAAUACAAGUACUGACAGUUGCCUUUGUAGCUAGGUUAGAUGUUUACUGUACACUGUGGAAAAACGUAUAACGAUUGUGGUGAAGUUCAAUUGUACACAAAUUGCACGUGUGUGGUGCGCGUGACUUCUUGCCAGUAAAAGUAUGUCGUCGGCGAAGCGAAGAUUAUUUAAACAUACUCCAUUUAUACUUAAUCCUAAACCGGUCCAUUUUAGCUUUCUGAAGAUGUACUCUAGGAGAGCCGUAAAAAGGUAGGUGAGAUUGGGUCCCCUUGUCUUACUCCUCGCUUUACUUCAAAAGGUCUCCCUCUCUUUUCAAGUUUCACUAUUGCUUUACUCUUUGUGUAGAUUUCUUUAAGGAUAUUUAUGUAUUUUUCAGCAACGUUUUGACUCCUCAAAGCACUCCACAAGGAUUCAUAAAAAAUGAAAUCGAAAGCUUUAGAAUAAUCAAUAAAUGCUAAAUACAUGGGUUUUCCGUACUCUACAUAUUUUUCCAUGAUUUGACGAAGAGUAAAAAUAUGGUCCAAAAAUCAAAUAUUAAAAUUAAUUUAGUAUUAAGCAAGUAGGUUGUCUGGCGGUAGCUACCAGUGGCGUGCACAUCAUAGAUGCAUAAACGCACUGCAUACUCUGAGAAUUUAUUACGAACCUGUAUAGGUGGAGGAAUUUUCCAUUUUGUACCAUUUGUACGAAAAGUGCCUACCCUAGUUGACCUGUACCCUGUGCACGCCACUGGUAGCUACCGCCGUAUCAGUCGUAUCAAUGAUAAGGGGCCCCCGGACUGCAGGGACCCCUUACGUGUGAUAGCUAAAAUAAGUAAAAUGUAGGUAAUCCACAAUGUCCUUUGGUUUUCAGAACUUAAGAAUUCCACUAUAUUCAUAGGUUCUUUUAACAUCUUUCUUUUUUAAGAAAUCUUUACCCUAUAUUGGGCCCCCUAGCUAAUUUUGAUAUAGGGCCCCCUCCAAGGCACGCUACGCGUUCAUUAGGUCUUAAAAGCCUACUGGUUCAUUAGGUCUCAGAAGCCUACUGGUUCAUUAGGUCUUAGAAGCCUACUGGUUCAUUAGGUCUUAAAAGCCUACUGGUACAUUAGGUCUUAAAAGCCUAUUGGUUCAUUAGGUCUUAAAAGCCUACUGGUUCAUUAGGUCUUAAAAGCCUACUGGUUCAUUAGGUCUUAAAAGCCUACUGGUUCAUUAGGUCUUAAAAGCCUACUGGUUCAUUAGGUCUUAGAAGCCUACUGGUUCAUUAGGUCUUAGAAGCCUACUGGUUCAUUAGGUCUUAAAAGCCUACUUGUACAUUAGGUCUUAAAAGCCUACUGGUUCAUUAGGUCUUAAAAGCCUAUUGGUUCAUUAGGUCUUAAAAGCCUACUGGUUCAUUAGGUCUUAAAAGCCUACUGGUUCAUUAGGUCUUAAAAGCGUGAUUACCUAAUUUUCUGAUGCGAUGUUUAUUUUUUAUUAAUAAGUAAAUAUGUGGACGUCACGAAUGGACCGUUACGAUGUUGAAAUUAGUAAAAAUUUACUUAAUAAAAUAUUAUUAAUUUAUAUCAUAUCAUUUUAGACUGGUUUAAUUACAGUUUGAUUGACAGUUGCAUCAUCAAGAUGUGAGCAAGUAGUUUGUUGUUGUAUUUGUAAAAAAAAUAUUAAUCAUUACAGUCUGGCAAGUUUGUUAAUAACACUCCCAUGAUAUGCGGGGAAGUGACGUGCACCAGUCGUGGGUUUUUCAGUCAUCGCUACACGCCCCCUGGCCCGCGCGCAGCAUCGGGAGUUUUAUUUGUUAAGACUUUGUAAACUGUAUUAACAAAUAAAGGAUUUCAUAUUUGAUAUUUGGAGUGUUACGAACGAAGUUGCCAAGCUAUUGAUUUGUCACAAAUUACAAAACAUUUUUACAAGUAUAUUCUGUAAUAAACAAUAUAAUAUAAUGUAUGUUUCGGAAAUAUUACUCGUCUUCGUUAUCAACCCAUAUUUGGCUCACUACUGAGCUCGAGUCCUCAUGUUUUUCUUCACCGUUUGAGACACGUGACAUUUAAUUUCUUAAAAUGCACACUACUGAAAAGUUGUGAAACUGUGAGCUGUGAAAAAAACUGAAAAGUGCAUGCCCCGGUCCGGAUUCGAACCUACACCCCCCGGAGUCGGAGACAGAGGUCAUAUUCACUAAAUAAAAAUAAUAAAUAAUAGGAAAUAUUUCUAAAAUGUAGAAAUAAUCGGUUUUGAAUUAAAUUUUGUGUACAAUUGAACUAUCACAUGCACGAAAAAUAUUACGAUAUUAUAUUUUUGGUAUUAAGUAUAAUACAUGUGCCAAAGUAGUUUUUAUUUCACAGAUACAAGCUAGAAUAGAAUAGAUAUAAUUAUAAGAGUACAAUGUUGACAGGGUUGAAGCGAGUAUUAAAAACUAUGUGUAUAUAAAUUAUUUUAACCAGCUCCUGUAGCUAAGUGGAACGUCGAUUCUCUAUCUACGAUAGCAGACGCUUCGAAAACUAGAAAAAUGUAUGGGAAUGACUGAUCUUGUUUUUGGAGCGUUUGCGAUCGUAGAAAUAGAAUCGACAUUUCACUUGACUUCAGGGGCUGUAGGCCUUAACAUGCGCAAAAAGAGAUUGCGUAAAUGUCGUCUAUCGUAACGAGAGAGUCAGCUUAAAUAUACUCUCUUUCGUACUAUGAACGAUAUAUUUUAUCGUUCUCUCUUUUUUCCCAUAACAACGAAAGGGACAUCACAAAUAGGUAUAUUAUUAUAUCUUUAAAAAUUUCAUAAAAUUCAAAAUCAUUUACAGCCAGCAUCCUAAAGGAAGAGCAUAAAUCUCUCUUUCGUACUAUUACAGCGAAAGAGAUAACAGUAAAUAUCGUUUUCUUUUUUGAAAUAAUUAUUGGCGUAUCUAGGAUUAUUUCCUAGGAUGGACCUGACCCCCAUGCCGCUGAGAGUCGACACUCAAUAAAGAUGUUUCGUUUUACAAUGUUUGUGGCCGCUGGCCUCUGAAGAGGGUCUAUUGAUUGUAUUGUUUUUUUUUUGUAUAUUUUGUAUUUUGACGUCCAUCAUAAAAUUUUAAAUCGGUAGUCCAGAAUUCUAGGGUGGGCACUGGACCAUUAUAGGGUGGGCACGGCCCACCCGGCGCCGUCUAUGGAAAUAAUGAAAUAAUAUAAAAUAUUUAGAUGUUAUUGUUGUCUCUGUAUAUUAUGUUUGUGCCAGGAUAAAAUAAUUUACAUAUUUAUAGGUAUGUAAGACAAGACAAGACAUGACAAAAGAGUAGCUGUUAUUACUGAUCGAAACUAGGAUUAUUAUUAAUUAUUAAAUUAAUUAUACAACCCAAAAUUAAAUAAAUUAUUGUCAUUAUAAUUUUAGGCAAUAUAAAUUACUUUACUAUUUUUAAUAUUUCAUCAUAUAGAAUUAAAACUGCGGAUUAGCAUUGAAAAUGACGUCAUCUGACAUGUCAUUAUCUAAGUCUAUUCUACUGUUCGCCAUUUAUUUUAUUCAUACCGGGAAUGUAACCCGUCUUUUAUUUAAAAAGUUAAAUUCAAAGAACAGGCAGCUAUUGUGUUCUAUACAACUAACAAUUAUUUAUUUCUGUAUGAUACGUACAAACAUUUUGAUAUUUAUUAUGAUCUCUCUGUUAAAGUGCGAUUGCAUUUGAUGGUAAGUGACGAUCAUGUGAUAUGAGCCAAAAAAAAUACGUAAUUCUGUAUGUCAUGGAGUUUCUUUAUGUCUUUAAAGUUUUUGUCUGUGUUCAAAUUUCAAUCUGGAUUAAUUUAUAAUUUUUAAUAAAAUGUCCAGCCUCCCGAGCCAAGUGGCACGUCGAUUCUCUUUCUACGAUCGCUAACGCUUCGAAAACUAGAAAAAUGUAUGGGAAUUACAUUUGCUAAUGACAGGUCACGUGUUCAAGAUCUGUCAUUCCCAUACAUUAUUCUAGUUUUCGAUGCGUUAGCGAUCGUAGAAAGAAAAUCGUCGUGCGACUUGGGUAGGGGGGCAGGCUUGUUUAGAUAUUUGCCAUUCUAGCGCCAAUAAAAGCAUUAUACAAAAACGUUUCGAUAGGUGAAUCAUGGCCGAUUUCACCACAUUCAUAUGUGUCGAAUAGCACAAUAAACAAGUUUUUUCUUUGACAUUUGAUUAAGUAAAGUAAGUAACAAAACUUUUGGUUAAAAAACCAUACAUACAAGUAUUUUUAGAUUAGCUCGAUAGCAUCGUCACUUAACAUUAAGUGACAUUAGUUACUCGAUUAUUGAUGAGUAAGAAAAAAUAUAUUGUAACAUGAAUUAAGCAUUUAUGUUUAAACGAUUGAAAAAUCACUCAUUUUAUGUGUAUAUUUUGUGAAAAAACAGUGUUAAUUUUAAAGUAAAAUAUUGAGAUUUAUUUUGUAAUAAUAAGUAAUGAUUAAGUAGGUAAUUAUAAAAGAAAAUGUAAUGUGUUUAGAUUUAAGUGAAAUAUAAAUGAAAUGAAGAAACAAUAAAUUGUUCAAAAUCAUUGUUACAGACAAUUGUUUUAUUUUUAA